GUUAAGAUUGAAAAGACCAAAAAAAAACCCAAAAAGAGGCAGCGAACUAGAGGCGUCGAGGGUCGCCGCCGGCAUGCCCAACUGAGCUCAUCACCCCAUCGAUCACUUUGCCAAUGCUGUUUUGUGUAGUAUCAAGUUACUGGUUCUCAUAUAAUUGGGUGUCAGAAUUUGGCUUUCAUCAAUUGGGAUUUAAGUGAAAGGUGUUGAUUUGGAUUCGAAUAUGAUGGCUGUAACAUGGAUCAGCGCUAUCUUGGUUGGAGCAGGCUGCCUUGCUUUGGGAUUCUUCAUUGGUGCACGAAAACCAGGUCGCAAAUUUCUUUUAACCAAGGCAGCUGAAAUUGUAGAUGGAAGCAUAAAAGGCCAGACUAAAGGCAAAGGCAAAGGCAAACCACCCCUUGAGAUUGAAAAGCUGGCUGAGAUUAUUGAAGAUUUUAAGAUGGUGUUGGUUGUAAGAAACGACCUAAAGAUGGGGAAAGGGAAGAUUGCUGCUCAGUGCAGCCAUGCAACUUUGGGACUCUACAAGAAGAUUCUUCAUCGGGCACCUAAAGCUUUAAACAGGUGGGAGAUGUGUGGGCAGGUUAAAGUAGUGGUGAAAAUCGAAAGUGAAGAUGAUAUGCUGGUUUUACAGGAAAAAGCAAAGUCAAUGGCCAUACCAACUCAUAUUGUCAUUGAUGCAGGGCGAACACAGAUAGCACCAAAUUCAAGGACAGUGAUGGCUGUUCUUGGACCAGCUGAUAUGGUUGAUGAUGUGACCGGUGGAUUGAAGCUUCUGUAAGCAGAUAAUGGGAACAAACAAGCCAGUGGGAAGAAGCUUCAAUGCCAACUUACUUUUGAAGAAAAUGAUUUGCAAAUCUGUUAACUUUUUUUACCUUUUCUAUCCUUUAAAUGCAUGUCAUACUAAUGAAGAUGAUGAUGAUAAGGAAAACCUCCAUUUAGCACAAUUUGUUGUCAUACCA